CACAGAAGCUCCUCCUUCUCCGUCACAGUGCCUUGAUUGGCCACACGUUAUUAUGAGUCCUCCCUCCUGCUGGCAAAACGAUCCUCUGCUGCUUCUGCUCCCUUCCCAGGGGAUCUACUUUUUUGUGGGUUAAUAGCUAAUAAAGGCUCAAGAAGAACCCCAGAAUGAGUCAUUUCAAGGAGCGUUUUGUGGCUCUGCUCCAUGAGAGGAACUUUGUCACUGACCAGCUGGCGAAGCUGGAACAAAAAACGGGACUGAAGAGAGAAUAUAUCACUUUGGGUGCUCUUGGUUUUGUCGCACUCUAUCUCCUGUUCGGAUACGGAGCCUCGCUGCUGUGCAACCUCAUCGGCUUCGUCUACCCAGCGUAUUUCUCUAUUAAAGCCAUUGAGAGCAGGGUGAAGGAUGACGACACGCAGUGGCUCACCUACUGGGUUGUAUAUGGACUCUUCAGCAUUGUUGAAGCCUUCUCUGACAUCUUCCUCUUCUGGUUCCCCUUUUACUAUGCCGGAAAGUGCAUGUUCCUCAUCUGGUGCAUGUCACCGGUGACGUGGAACGGCUCUGACAUCUUGUACAAGCGCGUCAUCCGGCCCUUCUUUCUGAAGCACCAGGCCGCCAUGGACAGCGUGGUGAGCGACCUGAGUGCCAAGGCCACGAGUGUGUCUGAGAGCGUCAGAAAGGAGGGUGAGAUACCGACAGUGUACAUCUGUUAAUCGGGCCCUCAACCAUGGCAAGGACCAGUGAUGAACAUGGGAAGGUUGUGUGUAUGUGUGUGUGUGUUUGUGUGUAUGUGAAUGAGUGUGUUUUUGUUUGUCUUCUGAUGUGGAACUGAAGGACGGGAAUGUCCAUGGUCGGUACGACUGGCACAAAUGAAGUCUGUCAUCAUGUGUGCGGUACACACUGUCCUGAGCCAUUUCAGACUGGAAACACGUCAACAUUUCAUCAUCUCACAUCAUCAUCAUCAGCCUGUUGGCGUUGUUUUCUUCUGAACAUCAUGAACUUUGCAAGAAAAAAAAGUCCUCGUGUGCCAAAGGUCUUUCCAAAAUGUCUUAAUGUAUAUCUUCUCAUAAUGAAGAUGCAAUAAACUGCACCAUGAUAACGCA